AUGGCUCAGCAGUGCUUCCAAAAUGAGUAUUUUGACAGCCUGCUGCACGCUUGCAAACCUUGUCACCUUCGAUGUUCCAACACCCCUCCUGCAAUGUGUCAGCGUUACUGUAAUGCAAGUAUGAGCACGGCGGCAAAGGCGACGAAUGCUGUUCUCUGGGCCUGUCUGGGCCUCAGUUUGGUGUCCUUGGCAGUCCUCAUGCUAGUGUUCUUGCUCAGGAAGAUGAGCUGGGAACCUCUGAAGGACGAAUUUAAACACACAGGAUCAGUUCUCCUGGACGUGACUAAUGCCAACUUGGACAAAAGUAGGGUGGGUGAAAAUGUGAUCCUCCCGAGAAGCCUGGGGUACACAGUAGAAGAAUGCACUUGUGAAGACUGUGUCAACAGCAAACCCACGGGUGAGGCUGACCAUUUCUUUCCUCUCCCGGCCAUGGAGGAGGGUGCAACCAUUCUUGUUACCACGAAAACCAAUGACUACUGCAAAAGCCUGCCAGCUGCUUCAAGUGCCACUGGGAUAGAGAAAUCAAUUUCUACUAGAUGAUUCAUCUUUUUGACCGUCAGGAAAAUAAGAUGUUUCCGAUUUCUUCACGAUAACCAAGUUUAUCCAUUACUGACACAGCUUUUGUCCUUUAAUUCUGGAAAUACUUUAUAUUAGACAUGCUUCCCUAUCUUAUUGUUGGGGGCUUAUCUGGAAAAUUCUUUG